ACUAUAAAUAAUUGUGGCAUAUUUGAAAAAAAUAAUGUGAGAGUUAGGGAUGUAAAUUGACAAUUACGUUAGUUUACGAUUUACAAAUAAACGCGAUAUUCAAUUUAUUCUUUAAACGUACGGACUGGUUGCAUUUCUGAGUAGAAAAAACGUACGGAAAGAAAGAGUGAAUUACGGAUUUUCAUUUUUGUUCAUAAUGUGAUAUUUACAAAUGUCACUGCCAGUCGCACUAUGACUUCCUGUAAAUAAGUGGAUGUUUAGAAAUAUACAACAACAAUUUCUUCAACAUAUUAAAAAAAUAAGGCAUUUUACAUUAGCCGUCAAGGUGAAAUGUAAUUUUAGCGCAAGAAUUUAUACCGAUACAUGAAAGUACUGAGACAAGAUGGAACAAAACUUAAGUGAAUUUACAAGAAAUGGAAUAUAUGUGUAUAAAAAUCGGCCACGGUUUGAAAGUUCUAAGUUUGUACCUUAUUUAGAAGACCCUACCUGGGUAUCCUUGACGUGUAAUAGAAAAAACUGUUGUGGAACCGACAGUAAUUUUAGAUCAAUCGACACUAAUUCCCUGGGAAUGGGAAGUACUUUCGGUGAGAUUGGAAGCCCUUCAGAUGUGUCGUCUUUAGGGCCAGAAAAGGACAGAGGAUUCCUCAAUAAGGAUACAUCAAAACGAGGCAAAAUGGCAGUGCUGUUUUUAGUUCUAAUCAUUCUGAUUACUUUCAUUGCUGCAGCUGUUGGUGUAACACUAAGCUAUGUCCACCACCGAGAUAUUGUGAGACUCCAUGUGAAUUUCAGUGUUGAUAAUUACAAUGACACGCUAAUAUACCAGAAGCAACAGGAAGCUGAGGUGGCUGAAUUCUGUAGGAAGGUAAAGGAUGCAUUUCGUUCAACAGGACUUAUAUCUCAUUUUAUUGAAUGUAAAUGUGUGGACACCAGACAGACGCUAAGCAAAGUGACGUUCUCUUUCCUACUUGAUUUUACUAAUAACAAAGACACAGAAGAUAUGGAUCAAAUCAAGCGGAUCAUCAUAAGUGUCGUAAAUGAAAGGAAGAGGCAUUUAGAGCUCAGAGCACUGUAUUCUCGCCCAUCUCAGCCAACAGCAGAUAAGGAAGGCCCUGUUAUACUGAAGACAAAAAAAGAAGGAACUACAAAAUCCCCGGUAUUUGUGAAGACAACUCCUGCUGAAAUGAAGUCCACAACACAGAGAAAUAGACAAAUAUCUUCAAAAACUAAUUCCACUACAACAAAUACCAAUACGGCAUCAAGAAGCAAUGUUAAGAGUAUUCAAGAAAUGACGGUCAAAACUACAACCAUUGCAACAAAAACAGUCUCCACGACACCGGGAAUGAAUGCGUGGGACAGACUAUUGUCUCAGUUAAACAUCACCUGAGGUAGAUGACAGGGAGGACAAUACAGUUGAUGUCUACUGUUAUUUCCUUUCAACCUCGUUCAAAGAAGUUUAAAUCUUUUGUCAUUAAAUCUUGACUUUCCAUUUUUUUCAUUGCUUGUUUGCUUGGAACUCUUAAUAUCAGAAGAUCAAGUGUUAUACUAAGACUUGCAAAGUAAACAUGUAUGGGAAACCGCAUGUAUUAUUGUAAAUUACAUUGUAUGUAAACUUGUCUGUAUAUAUUACAUGUACAUAUAAAAAGUUUCAUGAUACAUUUUGUAAUUUCUUGAGUACUGUGCUAUUGUUAUCCUUGCAAAAUUUGUUUUCAGCUUGUUAAAAAAUUAAGCUUUCCUCACUUUCGUUUGACGAAAAAAAUGUUUCAAGUGGUAAAUGAUAAAAAUGAAAGAUCUUUUAAAACUUUCCAAAAUUAUAAUACCUGAAAACUGCAUGUUAACCAUACUACUUUUACCUUUGCUAAAUCUAUACUUGUAAAUUAAUAAAGUUUGCAAAUAAACUCUGAAACGGGU